ACUCUUUCGCAGGAACCAAUAAGAAACUCCCACGAUUCAAGCUUUGGUGGUAUGCUCAGAUGUUUGUGUAACGUCUGCUAGGAUGGCAGGAUUAAAGUUAAAUUGGAUAUUAUUCAUAAAUUUAACGAUAUGUAUUGUAUUAUCGAUAGCUGGAAGAGAUUUUUAUAAAAUAUUGGGUUUAUCUCGUGGUGCAAGCAUACAUGAAGUAAAAAAGGCUUAUAGACGAUUAGCAAAAGAACUACAUCCUGAUAAGAAUAAGGAUGAUCCAAAUGCUUCUCAAAAAUUUCAAGAUCUAGGAGCAGCUUAUGAAGUAUUAUCAGAUACUGAAAAGAGAGAAAUGUAUGAUAAAUGUGGAGAGGAGUGCUUAAAAAAGGAUGGAAUGAUGAACAAUAAUAUGGAUCCUUUUGCAAGUUUCUUUGGAGACUUUAGUUUCCAGUUUAAUGGAGAAACACAACAUCAACAGGAAGUUAGAGGUGCAAAUGUUGUAAUGGACUUGUAUGUUAGUUUAGAAGAAUUAUACAAUGGAAAUUUUAUUGAGAUAACAAGAAAUAAGGUAGUUGUGAAACCAGCAAAAGGCACAAGAAGAUGCAAUUGUAGGCAAGAAUUAGUUACUCGCAAUGUAGGAAAUAACAGAUUCCACAUGAUACAACAGCAAGUGUGUUCAGAAUGUCCGAAUGUAAAGAUGGUGAAUGAAGAACGUACAUUAGAGGUAGAAGUUGAACCAGGAAUGGUAGAUGAUCAAGAAAUUAAAUUUACUGCUGAAGGAGAGCCACAUCUUGAUGCAGAUCCAGGAGAUUUGAUAUUAAAGAUACGAACUCAACCUCAUUCUAUUUUUGAGAGAAAAGGCAAUGAUUUGUACACAAAUGUUACAAUAUCUUUGCAAGAUGCUCUAUUAGGUUUCACAGUAGAAAUAAAGCAUCUAGAUGGUCAUAUCGUAACUGUCCAAAGGGACAAAAUUACCAAACAUGGUACUCGUAUUCAAAAAAAAGAUGAAGGAAUGCCUAAUUAUGAUAAUAACAAUCUUCGUGGCAAUUUGUAUAUUACUGUUGAUGUUGCAUAUCCUGAUAACGUUUUUACAGAAAAACAGAAAGAAGAUAUAAAAGAGUUGCUACAACAAAGUCCUGUGAAUCGAGUAUAUAAUGGUAUAUAUGGCAAAUUAAUAUAUAACAUAUAAUGCAAUAUAUGUACAAAUGAA